AUGCCCGACCAAAAGCAACCCACAGACCAAUCAGCAAGGCCACCCAAGCAGCUCCAGAAGUGGCGCACGGAAGCGCCACCUCAUCCUCGCAGCGUCGCCGACAAAUGCAAUUCCAGCGGCAAAAGGACCAAAAAGUUUAUGACCCAAACCAUCGCCCACUUCGACAGCCACAUCGCGACGUUACUUGAAGGCGGAGACGCCAUCUCGUGGCAGUCGCAAAUAUUAUAUAAUCGCAAGGCGGGCACUACCAAGAGCGACCUUGAGGUCGUCAUUGUCAAGCCAGAACAUCAUCAUCAGCAUCGCUCGCCGACGAUAACGCCGGUGGCGGUCAGCUCAAGCUCCAGCUCUCCGACAGGUGCAACAGGCGUCACGGUGCUACAACAAAGUUGUAGUCCACUUGAGGCAAUUGCCAGCAGCGAAGAGUCCACAGCGAGCAGCUCGAACAGAAAGCGGGGUCAACAACACUGAGCUCGCCUUAAGCGCCGUUACCAGCCAAAUUGUAAAUAAUACAACCCACAAGCUAGACUUAAAGCAACGUAGACACAAAAACAAUAAUAGCAACGGCUGCGAAGCGGGCAGCUAUAACGGCAGCAAACGCCAAAGGCGCAAGUCAAGUCCUGUGGCGUCGGACCAGGAGUAAGCUACGUUGCCCAGCUGCUAACGCCCGAGGAAGUUUUGACAGCAGCACACAGCAACAGCGACAGCUCUGGCAGCAACAGUCACAAAUAGCGCUCACUAGCGCUGGCAGCACCAAUAGCAGCUACAGCAACGGAGCCUGGGACGACGACAGCAGCUACAGUGCUGAGGGCGGCGACAGCAGCGGCAGCAAU